AUGAGUCUUGCACUACAUGAUCUGCUCAUUUGUUGUCGUCGCCUUGAAAAUGAGAAAGCUGUGGAGAGGAGGAAGGAAACUGAAAAUUUCAAGCGACUUCUCCGUGAUUCUGAAACGGUUCUCCAGCUGGACCGGAAUUCUGAUUCUAAACAAGGAAAGCAACUCAACUGGGAUGCUGUAUUUAGUAUCUUGCAGAAAUAUUUCCAGAAAGAAAUGAAAAACCUGCAACUGACAAAACCAAAUGCAUCUGCUUCGACCCAAACUACCAGACAGAAAAAGAUGCAAGAAGUUGGAAGUUUGGUCAAAUAUUUCAUCAGAUGUGCUAAUAAAAGUCAGUAA